AUGGCCAAACCAAUUGGAUCUGGCAUUCUCCUCCAACCAACUGGUAUGAGAGUAAUGAAAGAAUUGGGUUUAUUGGAAUCAGCUCUCGAGUAUGGACAAAGAAUUGAUCGAUUGUACGGUCAUACGGAUCGUCAUUUUGGAAAACCAUGGAAAUUUUCACAACAAGUCCAUAAAUGUGUUCUAGAUUUACAGUAUAAAUAUCUGGGAGAAGGAUAUUAUGGACUGGGAAUACAUAGAGGCACACUUUUUGAACUUUUAUUUAAUCAAGUUUCGAAUAUUCCUAAUAUUAAUGUUAAAUGUGGUAUGGAAGUUUGUAAGAUUGAGGAGAAUCAAGAUUCGGCAAGAUUAUACUUUAAAACUCCAGAAGGAAAACAUGAAUUGUUGGAUCAGUAUUAUGAUAUGGUAAUUAUUUCCACUGGAACACAUUCCAAAUUGGGUAAUUUUGAAAAUAGAUUGGCCAAACCUUAUGAAUUUGGAAGUUUAUGGGGAAAUGCAAUUGAUAACACUGGAUACUCCAAUGAUAGAACCCUCUAUCAAAAAUACAGAAAUGCCAACAAAAUGUCAGGAUUAUUACCAAUUGGAAAAUGCAUUUCAUCACCUAAGGAUAAUCUAGUGAGUAUAUUUUGGAGUUUGACACAGAAGGAUUAUAUGGAAUUCCAAAAAUUAAGUAGAGAUGGAAUUGAUUUUAUGGAGUGGAAACAAUCUUUGGUUGAUUUUUGGCCCUCGCUUGAACCAUUCAUUUCUCAAAUUACUUCAAAGGAUCAAUUGACCUAUGCAACUUAUAAUGAUGUUCAAAUGUCACCUGAUAAUUGGGUAACUGAUAGAGUUGUAACUAUUGGAGAUUAUUGUCAUGGAACCUCACCUCAAUUGGGACAAGGAUGUUCAUUGGCUUUUGUGGAUGCUCAUGUUUUGAAUCAGUGUCUCGAAAAGACGCCUCUCUAUUCGAAACAAGCUCAAUCCAAUUAUUCUCUCAAACAAGCUCUGGCCGAGUAUAGAGAUAAAAGAAUGAGCCAUGUAAUUGGUUAUAGAUUAGCUUCAAGAAUUUUAACACCAUUCUUCCAAAGCAACUUUCAUUCAGUUUCGUAUAUGAGAGACAUAGUAAUGGGUCCAUUAUGUAAUAUACAGCCAGCUAGAUGGUUCAUGCUGAGAACUCUUGCUGGAAUUCAAUCGGGUUGGUUUGAUACUUUUGAUGGUAAAUUCUUUGAUUAA